AUGGGUAUCGGAAGCUACUUCAAGGCGGACAAGGGCAGCAAGGCCUCUGCGCCGCCGCCGCCGCCGCCGCCGCCUCCCGCCACUUCUUCACGACCCGAGAGACCGGAGCGAUCCCAGAGCAUGGCCAUCAACGAAAAACCUCUCAAUGGCAACGACAUGGAGCUUCAGGCCCCUACACCGCGCUAUAGCUCGCGGCCCGGCUCUACUCGUUCCGGCCACUCGACGCCCUCGAAUCAGAGCUCCUACAUGCUCGACGAGAUCAAGCACGAGGUCAUGGUCAACUAUCUCUACCAGCAGCAGUGCUCCCAGCUCUGGGUCAGCGAUGGCUCCGGCGAAAUCGAGGGUGUUCUCUUGCGUAAGGCGCGAGGACACUACAUGGCCUGCCCUCCCCAGCUCGUGCACUCUCCGUUUGCCCAAGCCUGCUGUGCCCUCAAUGUCCAGUGCGCCAUGACGGUCAACUCACGUGUCAUCAAGACCUUCCUGCAAUGGUCGCCCGAAGCCGUUGAUGUCCCCCUCAUGAACGGUCUCCGAGUCCAGAUCCUCCCCACAAUUGAGGAUCUGCCUCGCGCUCGCAAAUAUCAGUUCGCUGCCUUUGUCGCCUCCGAAGGCCUCCUGGUCGUCUGGGACGACGAUGCUCUGCAUCUCGUUCAGCGUGCCAGGGCCAUCGAGUCUGAGCUCAUGGAGCUUGUCUGGAAGGCCGGCAACAGCGACGAGGAUGAGGAUGAGAAGCGCGCCGGCGCCGUGGCCGAAGCUGAGAUUGACGAGGAGAGCGGUGAGGUCAAGCCGGAGAAGCGCCCGAUUCACCUGCAAAACACUGUUCUCGUCUCCCUGACUCUGAUUCUCGUUAUUGUCUCGCUCGGCGCCGCCUGGAGACAACUCGCCAUCGAGGUGUCCGUCGAUGGCUCCUAUAUUCGUCUCGCUCUCGUUGCUCUCAUGCCUCUCCAGAUCUUCUUCACCCUCUUCUUCGCCCAGGUCAUUGUCGGUUGCUUGGCCCAGAUUUUCGGUCCUAUCCGCCAGCUCACCAUCAACUCCAAGUUCUACUCGGCCCGUCCUCCUCCUCGCCUAACCACCUCUGUCCUACCCCACGUCACAAUUCAGUGCCCCGUCUACAAGGAGGGUCUUCAGGGUGUCAUUAUGCCCACUGUAAAGUCCAUCAAGCAGGCCAUGUCUACCUAUGAACUUCAGGGCGGCUCCGCCAACAUGUUCAUCAACGAUGAUGGUCUCCAGCUCCUCUCUGAGGAAGACCGCCGCGCUCGCAUCGAUUUUUACGCCGACAACAGCAUUGGCUGGGUUGCUCGUCCCAAGCACGGUGAAGAUGGCUUUGUCCGCAAGGGAAAGUUCAAGAAGGCCUCCAACAUGAACUAUGCUCUCAUGAUUUCCUGCAAGGUCGAGGAGAAGCUCUUGCUUGUCAACCGCGCCCCCGACUGGAGCCAGCACGAUGAGGCUCUUGCUUACGAGCAGGCCCUCAAGGAGGUUCUCGAGGAGAAUGGCCGCGCCUGGGCUGAUGGCAACGUCCGCGUUGGUGACUAUAUUCUGCUGAUUGACUCUGAUACUCGUGUCCCUGCCGACUGCUUCCUCGACGCUGUCUCCGAGAUGGAGCAGGGUCCUGAUGUCGGCAUCAUGCAAUUCUCCUCUGGUGUUAUGCAGGUUGUCCACACGUACUUUGAGAACGGCAUCACUUUCUUCACCAACCUCAUCUACUCUGCCAUUCGUUACACCGUCUCCAACGGUGACGUCGCCCCCUUUGUCGGUCACAACGCCUUCCUCCGCUGGUCUGCCAUUCAGCAGGUUUCCUACCAGGACGAGGAUGGCUAUGACAAGUUCUGGUCCGAGAGCCACGUGUCUGAAGAUUUUGACAUGUCUCUGCGUCUUCAGUGCAAUGGCUACAUCAUCCGUCUCGCUGCCUGGGCUGGCGAGGGCUUCAAGGAGGGCGUUUCGCUGACUGUCUAUGACGAGCUUGCUCGCUGGGAGAAGUACGCCUACGGCUGCAACGAGCUGCUUUUCCAUCCAAUCCGCACUUGGCUCUGGCGCGGCCCAUUUACUCCUCUCUUCCGCACUUUCCUCUUCUCCAACAUUCGCUUCACCUCCAAGAUCACCGUCAUCUCCUACAUUGGUACCUACUACGCCAUUGGCGCUGCCUGGAUCAUGACGACCGUCAACUACUUCCUCAUGGGCUGGUACAACGGAUACCUCGACAAGUACUACGUCGACUCGUGGCAGGUCUGGUUCGCCAUCAUCAUCGUCUUCAACGGUCUCGGCAACGUGUCUCUCGCCAUUAUGCGCUAUCGUAUCGGUGAGCGCAGCCUGCUGUACGCCAUCUACGAGAACUUCAAGUGGACGCUCAUGCUCGCCAUCUUCCUCGGCGGCCUAUCGCUGCAUGUCAGCCAGGCCCUGCUCGCGCACAUGUUUGAGAUUAACAUGACCUGGGGCUCUACCUCCAAGGAGGCCGAGUUUUCCAACUUUUUCAUCGAGGUGCCCAAGGUGCUCAAGAGUUUCAAGUUUUCCAUCAUCUUUGCCCUCAUCGCCAUUGUCGGCAUGAUUAUCCUGGCUGUGGCGCCGUUUGUGCCCCACGACUGGCGCAUCACCGACUUUGUCGCCAUUCUACCCAUGUCGACUGUCGCGGCCAGUCACUUUCUGCUGCCCUUUGCCCUGAACCCGGCUCUCAUGACCUUUUCUUGGUAA